UGGCGAAAGGGGCAUUGUUUUUUAUAGAAGCAGCAAGAUGAGCACCUAUCUACAGAGCAGCGAGGGCAAGUUCAUCCCGGCCACCAAGCGGCCGGAUGGCACCUGGCGCAAGGCGCGGCGCGUCAAGGACGGCUACGUGCCCCAGGAGGAGGUGCCGCUGUACGAGAGCAAGGGCAAGCAGUUCGUGCAGCAGCGCCAGGCCGGAGUGCCGCCUGGCAUGUGUCCCCUGGUGGCCGCCGAGUCCAAGAGGGAGCGCGAGAAGCAGGAGCGGACCAGGGCCAAGAAGCAGGAGAAGCAGCCCGGUGUCCUCGUAGUGCCGCCCAGCACGUGUCCGCCGCCAAAAGUCAAUCAGCAGCAGGCGCAGCAGGAGCAGAUCAACUCGAUAUCCAAGGCUUUGGAGGACACCCUACGGCUGGAGGGAUCUCAGGAGGCUGAUCCCGCCAAGCAGCUGAAGAAGCUGCGCAAGAAGAUCCGCGAAAUCGAGCAGAUCGAGAGCAGGAUUCAGGCGGGCGAGCAGAAGAAGCUGGACAAGGAUCAGCUGGAUAAGGUGAAAAAGAAGUCCGAGAUCCUGCGGCAAAUCAAGGAGUUGGAGCCGCGCUCAUAGCCCUAGAUCCACUUCACUCAGAUACUGCUAUAUCCUCUUCACCUCGUGAACAAAUCAACGACCAGAUGUCGCGCCGCCUCUACACAGAAAGAAACGAAAGGAAUAUGUCUGUUGAAUAGUUAUAUUAGUUGUAGCCGAAGAUGUCAAAGCCAUUUAGUAAUAUCGAUCUAUUUUUAUUAAUGUGUGUCGUCUGUCUUGAAACCUAGUUUAUACGAAUGGAGCAGGAGUGCCGCGUUUAUUUAUGUAUAGGUAACUUUGUAAAUCAGAUUUAAUAAACUAAACCCAUUUGAAGCGAAAGGUUUUAGAAAUA